CGCGCGCACACCGGAAGUAUUCUCGUGAAGGAUUUCCAACUUAUUUCUAACAUUCAAUCGGUUUAUUAUUCCAAUAAAUCAGGGGAUCCAUAUUUUUUCACUAUUGUCAAAUCAGCGAAUUUGGAAAGUGUAGAAAUUAAUCAGGAGAAUGUUGCCUUUCUUCGUAAAUAAAGAAAAAGGUCAAGAAUUUAUAGUUUCUACAAAAAUACAUAGAUGCAAGUUACUACCCUCCUUCCCUAAUAGUGUUUUAAAAUGUAAAUACAUUCUUUUUACAUUUAAUUAAUAUUACUUUAUUCUCAAUAAAUAAAUGUUUAUUUCUAAAAAAAAUAUGCAGGAGUCUAUAUAACGAGAACUGCAGGGUGGUGAAUCUUUAAGAUGUUCGUUAAAAAUAAAAGGAAAUGAAAAAUGGCUCCAAUCUUUCAAUGUAGUGGUUAUAAGUUUGUUUAUCAGAAAAUUUUUUACUAUUUGUGCAAUAUAUUCUAGUGUAGCAAUAAAUACAUCAGCAACAAGAAAGAAAAGAUAAAGAAAAUGCUGUUUUGAAAAUUUAAUUACGGUUUUGAAAUUUUGCUAUAAACCUGAAUUUUUAAUCAGUUCUAAAUUUUUCUGAAUAAAAGUAUUACGAUGGAUGAACUAAAACUAUAUGUAUCAAUAUUAAAAGUCGUGAAAGUUAUUAGAGAUAUUUUUGACAAAGAAGCGAGAAGAACGCUUAGUGGAAAUAAUUCAAGUUUGGUGCUUUGCUCGUAUUUUGGAUUGAAUUGAAUAUCUCUCGAAACGACGGAUGCACCCGCUGAAUUACGCCAAGCCUCUUUCGAACUUGUCGAACGUCAAAGUCGGUACGCCGGUGCCUCCAGCAAGGAGAAGUACAUACUCGACGCGUGCCAGUCCUCUGAUCAGAGAGACCGCUCGGCUGUAUUCUGCAAGUCUAAGAAGCGUAUAUAGAAGAUUAAAAACACCAAGUAGAGACGAAAGAAGAGAAGUGGAAAUAGUGAAAAAGGGUAGGACGUCAGCAAGAACAAGCAGAGAUAUCUUGAACGAAGGGUCUUUCCAUUUGGGUGUUAGGGGUACACAGUCCCCUGGCCAAAACAAGGGGAUGUUGCAACGUCGACUAGUUUUUCAAAGUGGACAAACUGUGUAUUGAGGAGGAGCGCCCACGAGGAGACUAGUCGAGGCAAUGACAGAAUGCCUCCGUUUUCAUUCCAACGACAAGUUCCAAUUGGACUAGAACAGACACAUAUCACCAACUUCAUUUCUGUGAUUUUUCUAAUUACAAUCUUCUUUAACCAUUAUCAAGUAACAUGCCUCAUAAGCAAUUCUAUGGAUGAAUGGAUGAGUGAAAAUUCUGUGGUAUGUAAUGGAAUACCAGGUUUAACUAAGGAACAACGAGAACUAUGUCAUAAAAAGCCGGACGUAACAGGUGCUGCUGUGAAGGGUCUUCAGUUGGCUAUAUCUGAAUGUCAGCAUCAGUUUAUGUGGCAUAGGUGGAAUUGUUCUUCUCUUACACCUAGCAGCAGAACACAACAAAGCAGUGUUUUACUUCAAAGAGGAUAUAAAGAAACAGCAUUUGCUUAUGCUAUUUCAGCGGCUGGAAUAGCUCACAGUGUAGCUCGUGCAUGCAGUAUGGGGCGUUUAUUAUCCUGUGGUUGCGAUCCUUCAAGUUACAAAGGAAAAGCAGUUACCAAAGAUAGAAAUAUUCAGUGGAAAUGGGGUGGAUGUUCUCACAAUGUUGAAUAUGGAAUGGACUUUUCAAAACAGUUCCUAGAUUCUUUAGAAAAAGCUGGAGAUAUACAAUCAACUGUCAAUUUACAUAAUAAUCGAGCUGGUAGAUUAGCCGUUGCAAGUACAAUGCAAGUUCGAUGCAAGUGUCACGGCAUGUCAGGUUCUUGUGAAUUAAAAACUUGUUGGAAGGUAGCAUCAGAAUUCCGAGUUGUAGGAAAAACACUCAAGGAUCGUUUUAGGAAAGCUAUACUUGUUGCACAAAGUAAUUUGGGUAGUAUAACCCCUUUAACAAAAAGUAGAGGAUCGCGACGCAGGAGACCAAUUAAACAAAAACAUCGGAAGCGUCCAAAUAAAAUGGGAGAACGAAAACUGAAGAUUCGUGAUCUGUCUAAGCAAUUAUUUUACUACCAAAGAUCUCCCAAUUUUUGUGAAAAGGAUCAAGCUGCUGACAUUGCUGGUACAACAGGACGUAGAUGUAACAGGACAAGCUCAUCUGGGGAUGGAUGUGCAUCUUUGUGUUGUGGUAGGGGUUACAAUGUUGUGCGACAACGUAGAGUUGAAAAGUGUCGCUGCAAAUUCUACUGGUGUUGUUUUGUUCAAUGUCAAAAUUGUACAAUUGAAGAAUGGAUUACAGUUUGUAAGUGAAUGUCAGUCACAUAAAGAACAUAUAAGUAGAUAAAUUGCGCGGUUGUAAUCAAAGUAUAAAGAACUCAAAUUAAGUGUUAUAUUCUUUUCGAAAAAACUUUUUCGAUUACACGUAUUUCUCUAUUCAACUAAAAACUUGAAAUUGCACAAAUAUAUUCUCUUAUAUAUUACAUUUGAAAUAAUUUUGCCAAGGUUAUUUCAAGUGUCAUGGAAAUAACAGGAAGUAAAAAUCAGAUAUAUAGUAUAUCCUAGUAUUGACAAAGCUAAAAUUGUGGCACGAGUCACACGUUUCUGCUCGAAAAAACAAUAUUUAAAUUUCAUAAAACUUUUUGUACUCUGCUUCUAAGUUGUACAUAAUAUUACCUGAAUAUCAAGGCUAUGUUACAUAGGAGAUUAAUAAUAUUACACGGAGAAAUCAAGUUUUAGCUAUUUUAUUCAUUAUUUUAAUAACUAUCUUAGUCAACUUUAGUCGCACUUGUGUGACUAUACCACUUUUCUCCUCAUGUACGAUGCAGUAUGACAGUGAUAUCACAAAACACUUAAAAUAUCUAUUACAUUGUAAUAUUACACGUAAUGUUGCUGCAUUACAUGUAACAUUUACGGUAAUAUUGCUAUAAUAUAAAAUGUUAUGUUGAGAAACUUUUCAUUCCACAAAAGGAAACAACUUGAUUCCGAAAUAUUCAUAAACUUUGAAACAUAUAUUUUGGAAUAUUAAUAAGAAUUUUAUAAUGCAUACCUGAAGGAAUUUAAAAGUAAAUGAAUUAAAAGCGACAACUCAAAAAUUUAGACGCAGUAACUAAAAAAAUAUAACCAUUGUUUUUAGGAAAAAUGUUGACCAAAGAAUUUAUUUUUUACAUGAAAAAAAAUUGUUUCGAAAAAAGUACUCCACUAUUUCAGUAACCUACGAUACGAGGGCCAGUGUCGUAGGUAUUCCAGAAUUUUUAGUGAGAAGUACACAAUGUUAAGUUAAUACUACGAAACUUUUUAGGAAAACCUAAAAAUAAUUGAGUAAUUUCUUUCUGUACUUUCUCAAAGGAAAUUUAGUAUUUUCUAAAAAGUCAGAAAAAUCAUUACGAAAUCAUUACGAAUUACGAUGGAGUAUUAAAACUCUGGCGAGGAGUACUGCGUUACAGGUGGUAGGAUAGCGUUACUUUGAUUUUAGUUUGAAGCUGCAUCACAUUUGGGAGAGCAGUUUUUCCAAAAAGUAUCUGACCCAGAAGUAGGUCUGAAGUUGCUUGAACAUGGUUCGCCAACUCGCCUAAAAAGGAGAGCAACUCUCCGAAUAUAUUUAUUUUAUUUAUUUGUUUGCUUUAAUACAGCAUUUACGCGCAUUUGGCGAAUGAAAAAUGUAAGAAAAUUUCUAUUUAUGAUUCCUUCUUGGAAUAUUCAUCAUGUUCAUUUUAGUAGAAUGUGACGAAAUAUUUUGUAUUAUUUCCAAAAGGGUUUAUUACUUAUCCAAAAAGACAAGUUUGAAUUUCUGUUGAAAUGGUCGCGAUUUUCUGUGUUACUGAAUUAUAAUCCGUACUUUCUCCAGAACAAUUUCUUGCCGUGUAAUUCCUUUUUAUUGAAAAUUUUUUCAAAUUUGUAACUUGUUCCUUCUCAUUUUUAUCCAUCCUAUUCCUGAAAUACAAAUUUUCAAACUAUAUUUGCAGUGACAACUACACGGAAAGAAAGAAAUAUUAUUGAGCAUAAUAUUGUUGCGUUAUGCAAUGAAAUGGAAAGGACAACUUUUCGCAUGGAAAAAGUUUCCAAAUACUAUGGAUGUGUGAGCCAUAUUAUAUUGUCGCAUAUGAGAUAUGGAUGUGCCAACCAUAUUUAUAGUUGAGCUUACCAAUUCAGAUACAUGGAUUAUCACAUAUGUGGGGCUGUUUAUUCUAUGUUUCUAUGCUUCGGAGAUUCAUAUUUAGUUGAAAAUUUAAAAUUUUUGAUAAAUAGUGCGCUCAAGUUAUUUUCACGACACC